AUGCCCAGAGAGUCAGAGAGUGACAAUCUCAUGAUGAGACCUGAUCAUGAAAAGACUGACAAGACAGUGCUCCAUGAGAUGACUGUUCUUGCACAAAAUCUUGGUUUUGACUCUACACAAAUCACAGAUCUCAUCAAGCUAUCUCUCAAUCAUCAGAUCGCGCGUGGAAUAUUUGAGACUCUUAUUGACUACAUCAUAGAAUGCUUCUCUCUUACCAUCCUCAUUGAGCGCCAGCUCUCUUGCGAUUUCAUCUCUAACAGUGAGACUAAGCUAAAUGCUCAGUGUGAGCUCCCGCAUGCCAGAGCGCAGCAGCAAGAUCAUCAGUUUCUCUUCCUCAAUCAACUGCAUACUGAUGAAAUGCCGGCGGGUGGGAAGGUCUCUACAUUGUUCAUGAGACAAUGUGUCUAUUUUGCCUUUUUUGGCAAGCCACUGACAUCUCCACCUUCUCAACACACUUGGGUUGAACCGGCUCCUUCAGCAAGUGAUCCAUCCAAUUUGUCAAUAUCACCACUUCUCAUGCCCGGUGACAGUCCACUUGCAGGAUUCGGACAGCUUCCUUUGCAGGCAAACAAUGGUUAUACCACUGAACACAGCGAGCGAAGCCCAAUGCAGCUAGAGGUGGCAGAGAGGGCGACUGCAGAAGAAACCGGAGCUGCCGACGAAGCCCGGCGUCAGAAGGAGGCUGAAGAGAUGGCAGCCGCUGAGGCUGCCUUGAGACUUGCCCAAUUUCAGAAGGAAGCCGAAGAAAGAGCAGCCACCGAGUGUUAUGCUGCGGAACAAGAACAGCUUCGACAAGAACAACUGAGGCAGGAGGAGGAAAGACAAUAUGCUGUGGAACUAGAACAGCUUCGCCAGCAGGAAGAGGAAAAAUUGGCCGCUGAACAAUAUGCCGCGGAACAGGAACAGCUUCGACAAGAACAACUGAGGCAGGAAGAGGAGGAGGCAAGAGCAGCCGCUGAAUGA